AUGAACUAUUAAUCGUAAAAAUUGGAUAGAGAAAAAUGUGGAAAGGAUUCAAGAAUUCUAAGUAUCUUAGAAACUGGUGGUAAAAUGCGAAAAUGUUAUAUAGAAUCAAUAUUACUCUCUACUUGCCUCUGGAAAUUUAGUCACAUUAAUAAGCAAUAAGAAAGGAUAUUGUUAAUAACAAAUAAGAACAUAUACAAUAUAACUCCUUAAAGUACGCUUGUAAAUUUUUUUUCAAAAGUUGUUUCAAGUGUUCGAGUGAAAAGAAAAAUUGCAAUAUAAAAUAUAGCUGGUAUCACUAUAAGUAAAUGCGGAUUUGAAUUUGUUAUUCAUGUGCCAGACGAAUAUGAUUACAGAUACUCAUCAUUAGAUUUUCGAGAAAAAAUAUUGUCAACACUUUCUGAUUCUUAUUAAAGACUAGUAAAAAAGUAUUUGGCAAUUUAUCUUACAGAUGAUCUAACAUUGAUCCCUUAUACUACAACUAAAGUAGAUGCUAAAAAAGGAAUAUGUAGAAUGCACGGACAUCCUAUCAAUAUCGAUCCUUAGACACUAGCCAAUUAUGAUUUUUCAACAUUGAAAGCACCCGAAGAUAAUUAAAAGCAACCAAUAAGAAAAAGUUACGAUUACUCCCAAUAAUAUAGAUUGCUCAAAUAUUUAUAUUAAGGAAUGUUAGGAUAAGUCAUCCUAGUUUAAAGCAUAAAGACAGAUAAAUAUUAUGUCUUCAAGUUGAUGUAAAAGCAGGAUGUUAUAACUACAGAUCAUUUAAAUCACGCUUUGAUUGAAAGAAAACUAUUAGAGAUAUUUGAUCAUCCUUUUAUAAUAAAGUUGGUAUAAGCAUUUGAAACAGAUGACUAAUUAAUUUAUGUAUUGCCUUUUUAUUAAGGAGGGGAUCUUUAUACACAUUUAAAAAAGGAGACAAGAUUAAAAGAGGAAAGAGUUAAAUUUCUUGUUGCCUAAUUAAUCAUGGCUUUAGGGUAUAUGCACGAUAAAGACUAUGUGUAUCGCGAUUUGAAACCUGAAAAUAUUCUCAUGGAUUCUAGCGGCUACAUUGCAUUAACUGAUUUGGGAUUGUGUAAAUAAUUGCCCAACAAUCAACUAUCUUAUAGUUUUACGGGAUCUGUUGAAUACAUAGCUCCUGAGAUGAUUACUGCUGUUGGUUAUAAUAGAAUGAUAGAUUGGUGGAUGUUAGGAAUAUUAGCAUAUGAAUUGAUAUUUGGGAUUACUCCCUUUUAUUGUGAUAAUCAAAGUUAAGUGUUUGAGUCUAUUCAAGAAAGAGAAGUUAGAUUCUCAACUAAUAUUGCCAUUUCUCUUGAGUGCAAAGACUUUAUAACAAAUCUCUUAAGAAAAGACCCAAAAGAAAGAUUGGGAUUUAAAAGAGACUUCAUUGAUUUAUAGCUACAUUAAUGGUUCAAAGAUAUUAAUUUUGGAGAAAUAAUAAGGAAAACAAAUUUAACUUGGAAAUUAAAUUUGAAUGACCCUGUGGAUUUAAAGUUUUUUGAACCUGAAGAUUUUAACUUGGAAACUUUGAAUUCUUAAUAGCAAGAUAAAGCACUUAUACAAAAGUUUAAUUUAGAAUUUUAAAAUGUUGAAUUUAAUCUGUGA